AUGCUACACUUCCUUGCAGCCAUCCUUUCUGCAGCGGCGACCAAAGACGCUACAAUUAAUUGUGUCAACAACGUAUGUGUUUACGAUGUUCGAUAUGGAGGCGGAUCGUCUACCCAAGGCGUUGCGUCAUUGGAAACAUUCGACUUCUUCGUCGACCAACAAAUGAAAGCUUUCCCCAAUGUCCUCUUCGGUUGCUCCGACGCCAGUAGUGACAUUAGCUUCGAGAACAGUGAGGUUUCAGGGAUAUUUGGAUUAAGCUUGGGACCAGAUUCGAUUCUGAACCAACUUUCUCAUUUCAUCCGCUACCGAUUCUCCUACUGUUUCUCUCCUUUCAGUGGCGGAAUACCUCCGCCGCUCGUGGUACGGUUCGGAGAAGACAUUCCGCCACUACAUAACGCUCAAACGACGAUGUUCGUUCAACCGCCGUUCGGAGUCUAUUUCUUCUACAUGGAAUUGGUGGACAUAAGCGUCGGAAAUUAUCGUAUAAACUUUCCACCUUAUACGUUUGAGAUGAGGGGAGAUGGGAGUGGUGGUUGCUUUAUAGACUCGGGAGCAGUGAUCACACAAAUUGAUGCCAACACACCUGGGAUCAAUGCUUAUGAACAAGUACUAAACGUGUUUGAUUCAUAUUAUGAAUCAGAAGGCCUUCAAACAACACAGGGGGAGGGAUUUGAUCUCUGUUAUCUUCUUCCACCUGAGGGUUACUAUAAUUUUGCACCUUUAACAUUCCAUUUUAAUGGAGCCGAUUACACCGUUGAUCGGAAAUUUAUGCAUAUUUUCUAUGAUUCUUAUUUCUGCGUGGCGCUACUAGGAAAGGGAUCGAGUUCGACUGUACUUGGUGCUUGGCAACAACAAAACAAGCGUAUCGUUUAUGAUGGACAGAUCGUCGGACUUCGGUUUGCCGAUGAAGAUUGCAUCCAUGACGUUUUCUGA